AUUUCUCAUUUUAUUAAUGGGCUGUAAACGCACCCCGAGACGACAGGGGGCGCUCUUUGUGCGACUAUUCAUGUCUGCCACUUCUACAGACAGUUAGCCUGCUAGCAAACAACAACAGAAGAUCCCGGACAACUAGCGAUAUAAUUUAACCUAACCUAAAGGGGGCAAAGUGUUUCCAUCUGGCGUGUACUGAUGCAGAUGGACGUGAGGACUGAACACUGACUCGUGGAAGUGACGGACUCCUUCUCCUCACCCUCUUGCCCCCGACACCUUCUGUCACGCUGGCAAUGUCAAGAGUCCCGAGUCCCCCUCCCCCUGCGGAAAUGUCCAGCGGGCCUGUGGCCGAGAGCUGGUGUUACACACAGAUCAAAGUGGUGAAGUUCUCUUACAUGUGGACCAUCAACAACUUCAGUUUCUGUCGUGAGGAGAUGGGCGAGGUCAUCAAGAGCUCCACCUUCUCUUCUGGGGCCAAUGACAAGCUGAAAUGGUGUUUGCGAGUGAAUCCUAAGGGCCUGGAUGAGGAGAGUAAAGACUACCUGUCUCUCUACCUGCUGCUGGUCAGCUGUCCGAAAGCCGAGGUGCGCGCCAAGUUCAAAUUCUCCAUCCUCAACGCCAAGGGGGAGGAGACCAAAGCCAUGGAAAGCCAGAGGGCAUAUCGCUUCGUUCAGGGGAAAGACUGGGGUUUUAAAAAGUUCAUCCGGAGAGACUUCCUCCUCGAUGAGGCCAACGGUCUUCUACCUGACGACAAGCUCACGCUCUUCUGUGAAGUGAGUGUGGUGCAGGACUCGGUCAACAUAUCUGGGCAGAACACCAUGAACAUGGUCAAGGUGCCUGAUUGUCGGCUAGCAGACGAGCUGGGGGGCCUGUGGGAGAACUCCCGCUUCACAGACUGUUCCCUGUGUGUGGCUGGACAGGAGUUUCAGGCCCACAAAGCCAUCCUGGCAGCACGUUCACCUGUAUUCAGCGCCAUGUUUGAGCACGAGAUGGAAGAGAGCAAAAAGAACCGAGUGGAGAUCAACGAUGUGGAGCCAGAGGUUUUCAAAGAGAUGAUGUGCUUCAUUUACACAGACAAGGCUCCCAACCUGGACAAGAUGGCUGAUGACUUGCUGGCAGCAGCUGACAAAUACGCUCUGGAGAGACUGAAGGUGAUGUGCGAGGACGCGCUGUGCACGAGUCUGUCUGUUGAAAAUGCAGCUGAGAUCCUCAUCCUAGCUGACCUGCACAGCGCCGACCAGCUCAAAACACAGGCCGUCGACUUCAUCAACUACCACGCUGCAGAGGUGAUGGAGACAGCAGGUUGGAAGUCCAUGGUGGCAUCUCAUCCACACCUGGUGGCCGAAGCCUACCGCUCCCUGGCUUCAGCCCAGUGCCCUUUCCUCGGACCCCCACGCAAGCGCCUCAAACAAUCCUAACAGCAAGACGGCUUCACCGAUGCAUACAUACACACAUGCAUAUACACACAAAGACACACAGACCCCCCCUCACACAGGGACAACCUUCCCCUUUGCUGUUACCUACUACACUACCUACAGCCUCCCCCGAAUCUCCCCCUUCUACCCCAACCAAACCUGCUGUAUUUAGUCUCUUCUAAAGAUGGAGGGAAGAAGAAGAAGGAGGAGGAGGAGGAAGAGGAGGUGGAAGAGAGGGGCAGGUGGGCUUGUGAAGUGGAUGUUUGUUGUUUACAAAAUAAACACAACACCCCUCCCCUUUUCUCCUCGACUCUGGCUUAGUGAGGUCUGACAUUGUGCUCUUUUUCCGUGUGUGAAAGCUAAAUCCCUCGACAUCCUGUUAGUUCCUACUUUGGAAUCCGUUCGGGAGGAAGGACUGAACACAACGACCUAAAAAAGAGCCAACUGUCUGGAAAUUCUAAGGCUUAAAGGACAAGUGCAGAUAAAUUAAGUCUUUAACUGUCUAUUUUAUCAUAAGGCUUCUCUUUGCUCUGAUCUUGGUGUUUGGAGUAGAGCAGUCUGAGAGGCCCCCAAACUAAUGGACACAUGGGCCCUGUGCGGGACUCAAGAAGAAAAAGUGGGCCUGUUAGUUUCAAACUAGAACCCCCCCCCCCCCUCCCCAUGAGAAAGACAACCAAGGGCUAGUCAGAAAAAGCAGAUAUGGGACAAACUCAUCAUUAAUUCUCCCAAAGAAAGUUGGGAAAACAUUGCACUAAAGUCACAGGUCACCCUUCGUCAACCCUUACCAGCAGUAAAGUAGAAAUACUGUAGGCAAGCACACAUUGAAGCAAGGUUCAUGGACUUGGAACCCAGCCGGACCACCGAGAACAAGUACCCUUUAAGAAGAUUUAUCAGCAAGUGACAAACUACACAUGUACUCCCAAAUAGAACUCUGCUUCAUCUGCGUCCGUUUUCAUUUUUUAAAUAGCCGGUAUAGAGAGUAUACAGAAAAUAGCAACGCACAACUGGAUGUCAUUCUUGGGGAAAUUGUAUUUUGUGUGUGGAUCUGUCAUUUGUAGCCCUUGAGAGAAAAUGAAAUCCAAGGUGUCAACAGACAAGCUAACCAGGAGAAAAAGAAAAUGUCAAGAAAUGGAUUCAAAAUAUCAUUAGGAUUCAAUCAGGCAUGUUAAUAUUCUUUUAUGACGAAUUUCUUAUGUUUUUUCCCUCAGAACUGUCAUUUCUAUUUUUUUCAUAGAAAUUUGUACAGACACUAGUGUUUUUGAAGCUGUGUAAACAAAAAGCAUUUUCAACCGUGGAAUUGAAAAAACAACAACAAAGCGGACAGAUGUUUUCUUUGCAGGCAUGAAGACUGAGGGGAAAUGAAACUGAAAUGAACACGUUUUAAUGUUCAGAGGAGUCAGAAUGUGAAAAAAAUGCACACCAAGGAAAACCACAUGAAAUACAUUUGAAGUUAUCAUUUUAACCUGGUGGAAAAUGGUAAUGGAUAGAAGGAACCGUUGUCGUUUCUUUCCUGUAGAUAUCGCUGGUUAUGACAAGUGACACUUAGUUGUUGCCAUUUUUUGUUCCCAAAAGAUUAAACCACAACUAUUUUGUAUUGAAUGCAA